GACUCUUACCGCAGAGGAGUAACACAUACGGCCCAGCUGUAGCGGAGUCUGCAAGGAAUCAAACACAACUUUUAAUUUACAUGGCGGACACACCAGUCGACGAAGACUAUGCAAUGCCAGUGAACCAGGAUGAAGCCCGGAAGAACGGUGAGUGGCCAAGUGCCAGUUUCCAUGGCAACAUGGAUACACCAAACCUGGACUUCCUGAAGUGGACUAGCGAGGAGGUUGCAGGAUGGAUUGAGUCCAAAGGAUUUCCACAGUAUAAACCGUGUUUUACCGACAACUGCAUCACCGGCAGGAAGCUGAUUUUUGUGGAUUGUGUCCACAUGCCAAGAAUUGGAAUCACAGAUUUUAAAGACAUGCAGGCCAUCUCCGCAUGCGUGCGGGAGCUGCUGGGCAUCACUCAGACCCUGUGGAGUCGCAGCAUCGCCGACCCGCCGCGAGAUGACAUGGGCCUAUUUCUGGAGAUGAAGAGUCGCACAGGUGUCAAGACGGACCAGCUCACCAUUCAGCAGCUCCUGGAUGACAUCUGCCACUGAUGAGACAAAACCAAAUGUGUGUGUGUGUGUGUGUGUGUGUGUGUGUGUGUGUGUGUGUGUGUGUGUGUGUGUGUGUGUGUGCGUGCGUGCGUGUGUGUGUGUGUCUGUGACAAAGUGGUGAGAAGCGGGACGUGUCAAUGCAAUUUUCAUUCCGCCAACUGUCUCAGUGACUCACUUACAUGCAGGUCCUGUCAUUCACACGUACACCCGCUCAGUGCUGGCAUGCUGGAAUUGAUGCUGGUACAAAAGGCAGCUUUUAGAAUAUGCUGUCUAAUCAAAUGCAUGAUAAAUUCAUCUAAAUAAACACCCACUUGAAUGUC